UCGAUUGCUUCAGCAUGAGUUCCGAUAAUGAAGAUAAGCGUGUGUUCGAAGUUAUACGGCCUUACUGUGUUCAACUAUCACAAGUUGCAUUAGCACCAAUUGGUGUAUUUGAUCCCAAUUCUUCUCAGGUUGUUGAAUCACUAAGGGAAUUGUACUCUCACUUCAGGGAGUGUGUGAAUGAGAGUACGAUACUGUCGACAAACUUAGCAGACUAUGUGUUUUUACCACUGUCGUACCUCUUGAAACAGCCGAAACUCGGUGAUACUGCAACGACCUAUCUGCUGAGGAUUCUAGGGUUGAUAAUAGAGCAUUGUUGGUCCUCUCCGGGCUCCUUGCCCUAUGUUCUUGCCAAGCAGCUAUUUCCUUUGGUCACUUUUCUAUGUGGUGGGUCGCCGAAUCCAAAUGAUCGCUCUGACAUUGUAUCUAAGAGCGAUACGUUGAAGUUGGCUGGUUCCUUAGCGUUGGAACAAUUCUUCAAGGCUCUUGUCGUCCAAAGGGACAGCAAGAUUUAUGACUUCUUCAGCAAUACUGAAACUCUACCACCGUUGGGACAUGCUGUUACGGUGUUGUUGGAAUUUGCACACUCAGGCAAAGAAGUAGAGUUACAGUUACAGGCCUUAACCACGUUGGAUGUCCUAUACUUUGACAUGAUCAAUGACGGUGAGAUACUGUCUUAUAUCCUUCCAGGAAAUGUUUCAACCUUGACAAAGAUAAUAGCAGGAACGGGGAAAACGCACUACACAGUCAUCUCGAAGUCUCUCAUGAUACUGAGGAAGCUUCUAGUGCUGGUUUAUAACGAUGACGAUUUGAAUAUGAACUAUAAGCCAGUAGAGGCGAUCCAAGACAUAUUUGAAGAGUCAGAUCUUAACCAGAUAGCACUGACGGAGGAAGGGUUUCGCAAGAUCCAUAGAACAGGCUCAUGGCUGAAGGCUACAAGUGCACAAGUGAAAUUGGCGUUGACAAGUGUUCUAAAGAUACAUACGCAUCAAAAAGAUGAAGUUCAACACGCUUUGGAAUUACUGGGACAGGGGAUAAUAAACAAUUGCCUACUGUCAUUGAACAGCUCGGUACCAAUUGCUGUGGAGAUGCUGGCCUAUUCAUCGCAAAACAUGCGAACACCAGUUGCAUUAAAAGAACAGACAGACCCAAAGAUCAGAGGUAUGUUUCAGGAUGUUAUGUCCAAGGAACUCAACAAGUACGUAGACUCUUUUGAAUCUGUCAUAGCAUCUCCCAAUGAAGACAAAAUCAUCAAAACAAUCGGUGCAAUCAGGUUUAUCGUUAAGAUGGAACCGAAUGGUAUUGCAAUAUCCAAACUAAUCAAGCUAUGCAUACAGGAAUUAUCCGACAGUUUGACCAAGGCACAGGCCAAAACAAAGGUCAUUCCAACAAGUAGUGCAAGUGAGCUUUCUGAUCUGAUGCUGAUUACGAAGGAUGCUACAAGUCUUGAAGUUAGUACUGGCACUCUCAACGUGCUUGGUAAAGUGUUAACGAAUAAUGUCCAGGACCAACUUGCCUCUUUGAUUCAAACCAUUGGCUCUUCAAACCCGUCGGAAAUUAUAGAGGACAUCAUCUCUUACAGUUAUAAUGGAACUUUAAACGAACGUGCUGUUGGAUUGUGGAUCAUAAAUAACCUGAUGUCGGGAUACAAGAACAAGAUAGGCUAUACCUCGAUUGCAAAUGAGUAUUUGUCACUUGAAGAUGAUGAUAGCGAAAACCAGAUGGUUCUGGCAUCGGACUUUGUCUAUUCAGUGCUAGAAUACUCCAAAUCUAUUUUGGACGAAACUUCUGAAAUGGAAAUCACUGAUGCUGUAGUGUUGGCUACAAAUGUGUCAUUGGACUCAGUCUUUAUUAUCCAAAGUAUGUUGAAACAAAACUUUAGAGAUGAGCUGAUUGAUUACAUCUACCCGGUUAUUGAGUCCAUGGCGUCACCUUCGGAAAUUGUGAGAGAACACGCAUUGAGGACUAGCAUGGGUAUAGCACAAGAACUAUAUUCUGGCUCAUUGUACGACAUGAUAUUGGACAAUGCAGAUUAUCUUGUUGAUUCUGUAUCUAUAAGGUUGAGUAAUGCCAUGACGACUAGAACGACGGCCAUUUUGGCUGUUUGUUUGAAAAUUGCUGGGUUCAAGAUCAUUGAGACGUUUAAAGAUGUUAUGGAGAUCAUGUUUAACUUACUGGAUCAUUAUCAUGGUUACGAUGAUAUGUGUAUUGGGUUCUUUGUACUGUUUGAGAUUGUUGUUGAUGAGAUUAGUAAGAAGUACCUUUCAGAGUCUGGAUUACAUAAACUGGAACUACAAGAUAGUACAUCUACUUAUAAGCCAUGGGGAAUGACUAAUAUAAUGCAGGUGGCUUCACUCUUGUCCAAGGAUGAAAGAGACAUCGAACACUUGAAAUAUGUGAAACCCUUAGAAGAUGAUGAUGUGGAGGAUGAGAUUGACAACCUUGGAGAUAGUGACGAUGAGGAUGAGGAGCCUUCAAUUCCUGAUGUCAAGAAAGAAUGGGCUUCUCCUGUGCCUGAAGAUGCGUAUCGAUUGCUACAACAGGUCUCCUACUAUGGAGAGAGACUCUUAUCUCAUCCAUCUACAAAGUUGAGAUUACAGAUCUUGAGGGUGUUGAACAAAUCAAUCGUUGUAUUUGCAACUGCACCUGAUAAUCUAUUCCCAAUAGUUGCUUCAAUCUGGCAAAUAGUUGCAUCGAGUGUCAAUUCAAACGAUCCCAGAGUUGUGAUACUAGCCAGUGAGGUCAUCUCCAAAAUCGUUGAAUAUUCUGGGACAUUUGUAACAACGAGGUUUCUGGAUCUUUGGCAGAACUUGAAGGAGAAUGAGCUUCUGGUUACAGCAGCAAAGCAAGCGACUGAAUCGAAGAAAAUUGUACUACCAGGUAUAAACCAAAGCUGCUAUAAUUCACUCGUUGAGAUGAUUGUGAUGUCUUUGAACAAAUUGGGUAGAACAAUACCGGAUUCAACCACAGAGGAAAUGGUUAGAUCAUGUAUUGGAGUGGUGCCAGUUGAGAAGUUCGACAGCCAUAGUGAUGUUGCAUGGUUACUCAAGAAGAACAUUUACGGUGUGAAGGAUGUGAAACAUCCUCAUGACGUUAUAAUUGAUGGGGAAACGUUCAAGUUUAUAGAAGUUUAGUUAUGAUAAUGAUAAUUUGGUGAUGGG